GUGUAUAUCUUUUUACAGAUUGAACUCAACCGAGCGAAAGAAGCUGAAAAAUUGACAAACACCACAUACUCUCUGGUAGAUGAUGAAGCUCUUCAGUUUGUCUGUUGCAGUGAUCAUCAUGCUUGCCUUCCUUUUUAUCCAGGAGGGUUCUACCAUCUCACAUGAUAAUCCGGAGCCUGACCAGCAUAUAGUGGAAGCAAGAGAUGACGAAGCUGCUGACAAACCGGAAGGCCACCAGUGGAAGAUGGACAAUAGCUUCAGACGCAAACGCUUCAGCAGUGAAAAGGAUUGCCGCUGGUGCUGCGGUUGCUGUGGUCGAGAAGAGACAUGGUGUGGUCUGUGCUGUGACUGGUGAUUCCUGGAAUUUGUACUUCUGUACUGCUAUCAGUCUGUAUUAUCACAAUAAACCAUCCAUCCAUCCA